AUGUUAAUAAAUCAAACAAAAUCUAUUAUGAACAAUCAAACAUGGCUUUGCUUUUCUGGAUAUUUUAUAAAUAAUGCAUAUUUAAAAUGGACUCAACAUCCAGUUAUAAUUACUACAGCACCGAAACCAGUUCUCUUUUCAUCAAUACCAUUUCCAGCUAUAACAAUUUGUAAUUUAAAUAGAGCUAAAAAAAGUGUAGCUUUAAAAAUACCAAGAGCUGGGGAACGAAUGCGUCAUACAAAUACAACUUCAAAAUUAUUUCCAAUUGAUUGGUCAUUAGAAAAGGGUUUUCCAAGCAAUAUCCAUAAAUAUUAUGAUAUUUUUCCGAGACCACCGAAAGGUAUUGGUGAAAAAAUGGGAUUAACAGUUAUUUUAAAUAGUUCAAGCAAUGAUUAUUAUUGUUCUGUUGAAAAAGGUAAUGGCUUUAAGUUUUUAUUGCAUAGCCCAAUAGAACAUCCAAAAAUAAGAAAUUUUGGUUCAUUAUUUAGUAGUGGUACUGAAUCACGUGUUAAUAUAAAACCAAUAAUACAAGUAGCAUCACAAUCAUUACGUAAUUAUAAUCCAAAUAUAAGAAAAUGUUUAUUUCCAAAUGAAGGUAAUUUAACAUACUUUAGGCAAUAUACAAGAAAAAAUUGUCAAUUAGAAUGUGAAGCAAAUAUUUUAUAUAAUAAAUGUGGUUGUAUAUUAUUUUAUUUACCAAUGAUUGUAUCAAAUGCAAAAAUAUGUGGACCAUAUGAAUUUAAUUGUACAAUACAAACAUUAAAUAAUGUUGAAUCAUAUAAAUAUUCGAAUAUAACAUGUGAAACAUGUGAACCAGAUGAUGAUAUAACUGUUAUACAUUUCUUUUAUAGUAGAAAUUAUUUCCAAAGUCAACAACUUGAUGUUAUUAUAACUUUUACGGAUUUCUUAUCAAAUAUUGGUGGUUUACUUGGAUUAUUCUUAGGUUUUAGUAUUUUUUCAGUAAUUGAAAUUAUUUAUUUUUUUAUAUUUAAACCAAUUAUCGAUCAUAUUAAAUAUAAAAAUUUUAAAAAAAAUUUGAAAGCUCAUCGCAUAAAAGCAAAUAAUCUUAAAAGACUUCAGAAGGUAAAGAAAAUUUAA